AUGGAGGCGGACCUGCCUACAGGCGGGCUAUUGCCCGUGAUCAAAUGUUCCAAUUGCAAUGCGAGUGUGGGAAUCUCUGAAAUGGGAGAACAUAUCUGCAACGGGUCUUCGCAGCGAUUUACUCCUCCUCCAGACCACUAUAACUAUCGCAACCCGUUCGACAGUCCUCCAAAUCCACCUGGCAAGUCGGGAAGAUAUGGGCCACCGCCACCAAAAAUUGAUCCGUUUGCAGCCAAUCGUCCUUUUCUACACCUUGGUGUUCUCACCCCUGCCGACACUGAUGACAGUCCAUCUCUCUCACCGUCUCCUCUUAAACGAAGUCAAACAAGUCCACUGCCACCGACACCAGACCCAGUUAAUGAAGAUGGUUCAUUCACACCUUUUGUAAGAUCACAUACCGUGGCAGGUUCUACCGUGAGAUCAAAACCUAGGACCCCGGUAGAAGACACAUAUAGCCCUUUCACAACGAAGUCAUUCGAAACAAGUCCAGUCCGGAGUGGAGGCGACGCUGGGAGCGAUAGCGAUAAUAGCCGCUCUUCGAUUCCGCAAGAACCGGUACCCUACGAAGAACGGAGACGACCAAAAUCGAAGCAGAAGCACAGAAGGGAGAUGUCGAUAGAUAGCAAGAGCAUGCUUCUGAUAUCCGCAGCUAGCUCGCGGUAUGGGGAUGAGAACCUUAACCAUUAUUCGCCAAGGAAGUUAUCCACAUCUGGGCGCAAUGUGUUGGACGAAGUACCACCCUUGCCUGCUGGCCCCAUCAAGAGCUUCACACCAGGACCAUACGACGCGAUUCCUUCCUCGUAUCGUUUUGAAAGUAAUGAGGACUUCGAAUCAGAUCGCCUUGCGGGAGAGAGACUCCCUAAAGAGCAACAAAAGGCCCGCGUUCUUGGGAGCUUUGAUUUCGGCCUGCCGUCACAACCGAAGAUUUCCCGGAAUCCUAACAGUUCCCACUUCAGAGAUCCUUCCAACGCGACAACCAGCUCGUCAAGAAGCUUCAAACCUCCUGUUCCAGACAAGGACGAAAAGCACAAUGUACCAGAAAAGGAGCAUCCAAAAUCUCCGAUCCGCGAAUAUCGAAUUAAUGAGGAUUUUUCCGUCUCGAAUUUUGCGCGAGAUCUCGGGCUAAACCAUAGCACCCAUCCAUCAAUAUCCUCGUCGAUUGGAACGACACCGUCAGAUAUGGCAAGCGGGAGUUCCCACUCUACUGGACCCUCUGAAGUGUCGAGUGCGGCGCACUCAAAGUCUGCAUCUGAUAAUAUGGCUUGGAAUAAUCUUUCAAUUGACGUUGAGCCCAGGAGACAAGGAGAUCUGGCUGUGCACGGGAUGGAUUCUCCAACUGAUCCAUCUUUCCAGAAUGGGUACCUUUCAUCAGCGGGGCAGAAGACUGACCUGUCACAGCCCUUACCUGUGUUUCCCACGCAACCUCCGGUUGAUAAACGUGCAGUAUCACCCCCUGCACGCACUGCCACACGCACUCCAGUAGGGCGGAAGGCCCGGUGUCGGGGUUGCCAGCAAAUUAUUGUUGGAAAAUCAAUAUCAUCAGCGGACGGCCGAUUAACAGGUCGGUGGCACAAAGCGUGCUUUGUCUGCCACACAUGCCGUUCCCCAUUUCAAACAGCUGAUUUUUACGUUUUGGAUAACCUCCCUUAUUGCUCUCAGCACUAUCACGAACUAAAUGGCUCACUUUGUGGCUCCUGCAAUAUGGGUAUUGAGGGACAGUACCUCGAAACUGAAGAGGUAAACGAACAUUCUACAGCGGGAGCUAAGAAAAAGUACCACCCAGGUUGCUUCAGAUGUCAAACGUGUCAAAUGGUGCUGCGCGGUGACUAUUUCGAAUGGAAUGGCCUUGCAUACUGCGAGCGUGACGGCCGACAUGCGGCAGCAGCAAUGUAUCCACCCCAACUACCCUCGGUGAUAAUGCCAUCUCAACAAGGUGGACCAAGCGCUAGACGGCCACUGUACCCUCCACGGGGAUACGGAUAUGGUCCAAGGCCUGGGCCCGGUCCCGGCCCAAGGUAUGGACCAGGAGGUCCUGGAAUGCGAUAUCCACCACACAAACCACCGCAUCCAGGUCUCAAUGUGCCUGCUCAAGGCAUGUACAAUAAUACGAAUAAUAGUCGACGAUACCCUGAGCGGAGAACUACGAGGUUGAUGAUGAUAUAA